GAACAUUGCUGCUUGGGGCUGGCUUCUAGCUUUAUAUUCUAGCUUAUCUUCAUUGGCUGCCUGAGUCAUGGCUCUGCUGCUCUUCUUGGUUCUUGCUAUUGGCAUCAGACCUGGAUUCUUAGAAUUUCCAUCUGGAGUGCGGCUGGUGGGAGGUCCCCACCGCUGUGAAGGGCGGGUGGAGGUGGAAUGGAAGGGCCAGUGGGGCACCGUGUGUGACGAUGGCUGGAGGAUGGAGGAAGUGGCUGUGGUGUGUCGGGAACUGGGCUGUGGACAAGCUAAGAGCAGUCCCAGUGGUCUUCUAUAUAGCUCAUCGACAGAAAAUAUGCCAAAUAUCCUUAUCCAGACUGUGGAUUGUAGGGGAAUGGAAGACACACUGGCUCAGUGUAAGCUGGAAGAUGUUUUUGAUUGCUCACGUGAAGAAGCAGCUGGAGCAUCUUGUGAGAAUCCAGAGAGCGUGCGGCUGGUCGGUGGCCCUACACACUGUGAGGGGCGUGUGGAGGUACAGCACCAGGGACAGUGGAGCACGGUGUGCAAUACAGGCUGGAACCUCCGGGCUGCGAAGGUGGUGUGCCGGCAGCUGGGAUGUGGGAGGGCCCUGCUGACUCACAAACAGUGCAACAAGGCUUCUCAGGGCCAAGGACCCAUCUGGAUGAGCCAGAUAUCAUGCUCAGGACAAGAAGCAGCCCUUCAGGAUUGCCAUUUGGGGCUUUGGGAAAAGAACAACUGCACUCAUGAUGAGGAUACAUGGGUGGAAUGCGAAGGUGCCUUUGAACUGAGACUAGUAGGAGGAGACAGCCACUGCUCUGGAAGAUUGGAGGUGCUACACAGGCAUGUGUGGGGCUCAGUCUGUGAUGACGGCUGGGGAGAGAAAGAGGACCAAAUGGUUUGCAAGCAAAUUGGGUGUGGAAGGUCCCUCUCUUCAUCCAACAAAGCCCGGAAAAGCUAUGGCCCUGGGGUGGGCCGCAUCUGGCUAGAUGAUGUGCGUUGCUCAGGGGAGGAGCAGUCUCUGGAGCAGUGCCGACACAGAUUCUGGGGGUACCACGACUGCACCCACAAGGAAGACGUGGCUGUGAUCUGCUCAGAGUAGUACCCUGAAUUUUUUUAUGCUGCUUGACUUGGCCCCCAAUGGCCCUGUAUGUCCCCUGCUGUUCUCCUGGUCUCUGAUUAUCCUACUGGCCAUGUUGGACCUCAGACAUUAGCCACCACUUCAGAGUCUUAAUGAUGUGCUGUGCCUUGAUCCCAGGACCAUGCAAGCUUAUCAUCAUCA